GUGGUUCCACUAUAAAUAAUCAGGUGAAUUUUGGGACAGUCAGUCAUUUGCAUUUGUCCAGCAAAAACAGAUACAACAUGUUCGUAAAACUGACCGUCCUUUCCUGCGUCUUGGGUGUUGCCCUUUGCCAAUACCAACAGCCCUACAAUGGUCCAUUGGCCGGUGGCCAGCCAGCAGCCCUCUACCCAGCCGGAGUGAACCCACAAUCUUGCCCCAACUACCCCGAUUGCACCAACCCCCUCGUCGCCAUCAGUCAAAAUGCCGCUCCUCAAUACCAACAGCCACAACAACCUCAAUACCAACAGCCUCAACAACCCCAAUACCAACAGUACCAACAGCCCCAAGCUGCCCCAGUAACCCCUGCCCCCGUCUCCCAGUACAACCCCGUCUACGCCCAACAGUACGCCCCUGCUUCCCGCAGCCAGUACGCCCCUGACGUCCAACAACGUCUGGACAGAGGAGAAUACAUCGGAGACGGAGACUACCACGGUGAAGGUUUGGCCGAAGCUCUUGCUCCAGGAUUCGCCGCCAACGCACCAGCUGCUCCCCAGUACGCUCCUGCCCCCCAAUACCAACCUCAGGCUUACCAAGCUGCCCCCGCUUACCCCCAGGCUGCCCCAGCUGGACCCCAGCCCGCUCAGAUCCCUGCCGGAGUUAACGCUCAAGCCUGUCCCAACUAUCCUUUCUGUCACUAAGUUUUCCAACCCACGCCAAUGGAUUCCUAACAGCGGGUUUUAGACCUUAAAAAUUAAAUUUUACAUGAAAAUUAUUCGGAAUCCAAUUAUUCUUGACCUCCUUGAAGACUGUUCAGCUGACAACAUGUUGUUAUCCAUCCAAAGUGACUCUUAUUUAGUGAUUUGUCAUGUUAAAUGCGCUUGAUGUGUAAUUAAUUUUGCGUUCGUGUAUAUAUGGUAUUUUUUAGUUGUAUAAAAUCAUGUAAUUUAGUGCUUUUUUUGUAAUUUUAUACAAGAAAAAAUAUACAGGUAUUUAUAUUA